CCGGAAACGGGGCACCAGAGACGUAAACCUGGCAAACAUGGCGACGUUCCGGGGAGAGUACGGAGAUUGGAAAUACGAGCGCUUUUAACACGACUAAACAACCUCCUCCUCGCAUGUUACAAUGUGGUGGGGUUAGCCGCAGCCUCCGCACUAACAGCCUUUUAGACGAUGCUCGCAGAGCAGCAAUGAAGAUGGACUGGAAACGUGGGGAGAAAGAGUACGGGAAUGACAUAGAAAACAGACCAGCCGGCAGGCAGUCGAACUUGGGACUCGCUGCUCAGGGCAUUUGCACCCAUUGGGCCAGUCUAUCCAUCUGGGGAUGGGGGGGUCUUGGAGUCGUGCUGUUCCUCGUCACCUUUGGACCCUUUGCCAUAUUCUACCUGGCCUUUUAUAUCUUCUGCUUUGUUGGAGGGGGCUUUGCAGUCACUCUGCUCUAUGGAAAGAUCAACUCAGAGAAACACCUGGAGAAAUGCGAGCACUCUUACCUGCCACCCACACAGAUUGGUAUAGUGAAGACAUUGGAUGAGAUGAAGCUGGAAAUGAAGCCUAUAAGGAUUGACAGGAGAUUGACUGGCUCCAGUUUUAUAGACGAACCACUACAACAGGUGAUCCAGUUUGCUCUGAGAGACUACAUCCAGUACUGGUACUACACUCUGAGCGAAGAUGAAUCCUUCAUACUGGAGAUCAGACAGACUCUGCAGAACGCCCUCGUCCAGUUCUCCACACGGUCCAAAGAGGUGGACUGGCAGCCUUACUUUACCACACGCCUGGUGGACGACUUUGCCACCCAUUUACGUGUCUUCAGAAAAGCCCAGGAUCGUCUCGCUGACAGAGAGGACAAGCAGAGAGACAUAACGGAUGAGCUGGUGGACUCGUUCUUUGAAGCCGAGGUGGAGAUGGAGAGGAAGAUUUGUCGAGACGUAGUGUGCACUUCAAACAAAGACGAAGAAGGUUUCCUUAGGGACUUGUGUGAGUUGCUUCUGUACCUGUUACUACCUCCUGGAGAUUUCCACAACAAGAACAUGAGAUACUUCCUAAGGGAGGUGUUGGCUCGUGGUGUCCUGCUUCCUCUGAUCAACCAGCUGAGCGACCCGGACUACAUCAACCAGUUUGUUAUCUGGAUGAUUCGGGACUCCAGUUGUAACUAUGAAGCCUUCAUGAACAUACUGAAGUUGACAGACAAACCUCCUGAGCUGGAGGCUGUCAAGGACAAGGUGGUGGAAGAGCUGCAGUAUCUCCGCUCCCUGGACACUGCAGGAGAUGACAUCAAUGUGAUCAAAAACCAGAUUAACAGUCUUCUGUUUGUGAAGAAGGUGUGUGAGACCAGGAUCCAGAGGCUGCAGUCUGGCAAGGAGGUGGACGCCUUGAAGUUGGCAGCCAACUUCGGCAAGCUGUGUGUCAUCCCCCUGGAUCACAUCCUCGUCCACAACAUAGCCCUGCAGUUCUUCAUGGACUUUAUGCAGGCAGCGGGGGCGCAGGCCGAGCUGUUUUUCUGGCUCACUGUGGAGGGCUACAGGGUGACGGCACAGCAGCAACUGGAGGCCAUGCAGGGCUGGCAGAAAGACGGCAAGAAGCAGCCCAGCGCCACCAAAGGACUGCUGAAGGCCGCUGCACUCGGUGUCUUCGAACAAUACCUCUCUGAAAAGGCAUCUCCCAGGGUGCAGGUGGAAGAGGAGUCGGUAACAAAACUUGGGGAGAAGCUGCAGAAGGAAGAUCCCACGCCAGAGAUAUUUGAUGAAAUCCAGAGACAGGUGUAUGACAUGAUGCUACGGGAUGAGCGCUACUACCCCUCCUUCAAGCAGAGCCCUCUGUACGUCCGCAUGCUCGCAGAGCUGGAUAUGUUGAAAGAACCAAGUUACCGGGGAUCUGAUGACGGCGAAGGAGAGUCUUUCAACGGCUCUCCCACAGGAAGCAUAAACCUAUCUUUGGACGACUUGUCCAACUCCUGCCAUGAUGAAUCUAUGCACCUUCAUGCCUUCAUCUCCGACACAGGGGUUUGCAACGACCACGGUAAGACCUACGCGCUGUACGCCAUCACUGUGUUCAGACGCAACCAAGAUGGCAGCGAGGACUGCUGGAAGACCUACCGCCGCUAUUCAGACUUCCACGACUUCCAUAUGAGGAUCACUGAACAGUUUGAGAACCUGGCGUCGAUCCUCAAGCUGCCAGGGAAAAAGACAUUCAACAACAUGGACAGAGACUUCUUAGAGAAGAGAAAAAAAGACCUCAAUGCUUACCUACAGUUGCUGAUGAACCCAGAGAUGGUGAAGGCUUGCCCAACUCUGAUUCCUUAUGUCUACGACUUCCUAGAAAACAAGGCCUACAGCAAAGGCAAAGGAGAGUUCGCCCGAAAGUGCAGGAAAAUCGUGGAUCAUGUGGACUACUUGACCUCACCAGAACAGGUGGCUGACUAUGUCAAGAAGUUCAGGGAUUCCUACUGGCCCAACGGUAUACUGGCUGAGACAACGCCCCGCCGGGACAAGAGCAUCCGCAUGAGGACACGAGUAGCUGCCAAGACCAGCCUGCUGGGUAUCAUGCCAGAUGAACUGAAGCACAUCAUUGGAGCAGACACCACGAGAAAGGGCAUCCUGCGCGUCUUUGACAUGUUCCAGUACCAACCCAUGAACCGACGACUAGUCUACGUUUUCCUAGAGGGCUUCUUGGAGACAAUGUUCCCCCAGUACAAAUUCCCCGAGCUCUUUGUCAAGCUGCACUCCCGCUCACCGCGCAUCCACAGAUACAGCCAGAAACUCAAAUCAUCCUCUCUCAAGAGGUGACAGGAAAGGACGAGGCAACGGGACCGACUAGACACACACAGACUUGGGAGUAAAGAGUGAGAGGGGGCUUGACUUGAACCUUGAGGUGUUUGUGUGUGUGUACUUGAUCUCUGCCCUUCCACUUUGCUCACACUCUUUGGUGAAAAACACUCCUACGAUCAAGCUGAUUGUGUCUUUGAAAACAGAAGGAUAAACAACAGACUCUGCCCUCCUCACGCUCUGUGACACACAUGCGCAAACACAAGUCCUGUAAUUUUGCACCAAGACUGAACACGGCAGUCUUUUCUUUUAGCUUCUAUAUUUUCACCCUCCUUUUUGGACUUUUUAGUUGUUUAGCUUUAUCCUGGUCCAGUCGAUGCUGCUUUCACAUGGUCCAGAGAGCUGACCACAGAUACUGUAUUGUUUUUAAACUGCAGGAGUAGAUAGCGUAGACCCACACCUUGCCUUACCUUCCCGUUUCUUCUGUCUUUCUGCCAGCUCAGUCUGCCAUCAUUAGGCUGGCCGUCGUUAUAGCCUCCCUCAAUGCUGUAGACGUUUGAUCUGCAAACUCUGCACACUUGUAAACACUAUAUUUUGUUUUCACAGCAACUAAAUGUCAAUAUCACUGGGUUGAAGAGGCGCUGUUUUUAAAAAUGUGACUGAACAAAUGUGGGUCGAAAGGAGGAUUUUUAGUUUUAUCGUCAGCAUUUUUUUUUUUUCAGCCUCAAUGCUUCUCUUGAAUCAUUUUUUUUUUCUUCUUUUGCUUGUCCAAAGUGUUGCAUCAUCUGUACCGCCCACCAUCCUCAAAGAGUAGACCUCCCCUUUAACGCUAAUGUCAUGACCUCUGACGACCAAAGCUCAUGCUGUUCCUACGUGUGUGUUUGAUGACGGGAUCCUCUGAACAUACUGUGCAUCAUAUCGAUAAUCGUGUUGGGGAAAGAGAAUGAAGUGUUGACCUAGGGGGGUUGAUGACACGCUGAAGUGUGUCACAGUAGUUGGGAGCUCAGCUUUGGAGCUAUCAGAGAAUCUAGCUAUCAAAGAAUGUACUCUCUGGUCCAGUCUGUAUUUGGCUCGUGUAGAAUUAAGUGUGAGUGUGUGUGUAUGUGUGUUUAGCACGAAGAUCUAACCCUCUUCAGUCAGAAACUGUGCCAGUCUGAGUGAGUGAACCAGCCUUAAACCUACAUCGAGUAUAAACUGACCAAGACGCACACUAGAGGGAGCUCUCCUCCACAUGACUGAAAGUUACAAGGAGAUCAACAUAGAGAUAUGGAGAAAUAUCCCUAAUCACUUUUAUUCAGAGAAAAUUUAAUUUAGUGCAAUAUUUUUGUUCUUUAAUGCAUGUGCAUUUUGAAUCAUUGUAUACUGAAGCAAGUAAUUCAUAUUGUUUUAAAAGUAAAGAACGCGAGAGAAGCUCCCUGACACGUCUUCUUAUCCCAACAACUUAACAUUCCGUUGUUGUAAAAAAAUACAAUGUUUAUUUUACAGACUUGUUUUAUAAGUCUGAUGUUUGGGUGUGAGGGGAGUGUUUUCCACUCAUCCCUCACCCACUCGAGAGGGUUUUGGGGUAUCGAUCUGGGUGGGGGUUUGUGUCACAGCCUGAUUGUUGGCUCAUCAGGACAUGGCUAGCUCAGUCGGAGUCAACUGCUUCUCUUUAACUUGCAAGUGGCGUUUUAUGCAUUCGAGCUCAUUCUGUCGAGUGUGAACAGGAGUCAUGAAUGGACAACUGGAGGGACCGCCCCUUUCCUCCUGUCCGACACUCACGGGAGAGCUGCGUUCUGUGACCAAUGGAAUCAAUGCUAAUGAGCACUUACCGUAGCAACUGUGUGAGGGCCUCUCCCGUUGGCUGGACGGAGCCUCGUUCUGCUGCAGACGUUAGAAGGGACUCUCUCGUCUGCUGUGAUUCGCUUACACCGAGCAGCAGUGGUGGACUCUGAUUGGCCAAACGGAGGACACGAACUGGAGCCUCUCUUACCAGUAGAGAAGGAGACGUCACCUUUAACUUUCUGCACACCUCUCCAUACAGGAAGGCUUGUCGUUUUUUUCCCCCCCUUUUUUUUAACCCCACUAUAUAUGAAUCUAUUAUAAAGAAAAUUGUGCAUAUCUGUGUACAGUAUGUGUUAAUAGUGUGCCUAAAUGUACUGUCAACUCUAUUUUCAUAUUUUUCUUUAACCUAAGAAAAAAAAUCAAUCAGAAUGUCAUGAUCAUUUUACGCAACUGAAAAUGACUUUAGGGUGUUUUUUUGCAUUAUGCUUAUCAAACUGUUCCUUGUGAGCAACUGUGCUCAGAUCAGUAUAACACUAAUAAAAAGUUACUCAGA